AUGGAAAAUUUUUUAAAGGAAAAGAAUGCUAAUGAAAUAUCAAAAAAUGAGACAAAAAAAAAUACUGGAAACAGAAAUUUAAAAAAUAAUGUUAAGCAUUUGAGAUUAAAUGAAAAUAAAGAUUUAAGCGUUUCAGUUGAAAAGAAAAAUAUAACUGAUAAAAAUAAUAUCGCAAAAAAAAGUAAAAUAAUAAAUGAACAAAAAAAUAAUAUAUUAAAAGUUGAAAAUUCAUCAUCGAGCAUGAACUCAAAAAGUAAAUCCAACGAAUAUAUUAAUAUGUAUAAUAAAGCACAAUCUAUAAAUCAUGUAAUAGGAAAAAAAAAAAAUAAGGAAAAACUAAAAAAAAAAAAAAAAUUAGUAGAAAAUGAAUUACAAGAAAAGUUAGAUAAUAAAUAUAAUGAUGCAGAUGAAGACAUUUCAACAAAAAACGAUAGUACUGAAAAAAGCGAAAUGGUUGUCAAAGAAAGAGAGAAUAAUGUUAAUGAUAAUCAAAAACCUGAAAAAGACAAUAAACAAAUAAUUCUAGAAUUAAAAAAUACGUUGAAUAUAGUUGACAACUUCAAUUCUUCAAAUAAAAUUGAUGGAUUAACUUCAGAUGAAGUAAAAAUUUUAGAUAAUUGGUAUUUUGCAAAUAAGUUAAAAAUUAUAACAUGUUUAUUUGAAUAUAAGCCACUACAUAUAAAUUUAUUAAAUUCAUUAUAUUCUAUUCAUCCAUUUUUUAAAAAUAACAAAAGUAAAAUUAUUAUUUAUUUAAAAUAUAUGAAAAAGAAAUAUGAAAAUUCAUUAAAAGAAGGUAAGAAAAAUGAAAAAGAAGAAAAAGAAAAAAAUUUAAGUUUAAAUUGCAAAAAUACAAUUUUAAACUUAUUAGAAAAUAAUAUCGAAAAUUUAAAGCAAAAGGAAUAUAUGGCAAAAUUUGUUACACUAAUAAAAAAUGAAAAUAGUUAUGCAAAAUUAAAACAUUAUUUCAAUUUUCUUUUAGUUUGUCAAAUUAAUAUAUAUGAAACAUUCUCAGAACAAAACGGGAUUCUAUGUAUUAAGUGUAUUUUACAGAGAAUAGCUAAAAGCAAGCUUAUAAAAAAAAAUGUUGUUUUAAUAAUUCACAUUUUGAAUUUUUUGAAAAAAUUAAAUAUAACAAUUGAUCACUUAAAAAGUACAUUAAUUGGAAUUCCAAUUAAUUUUAUUGCAAGAAAUAAAUUAGAUGAGCAAAAUGGCAUGGAUUAUAGAACUAAUGAUGAAACAGCUAUAAAUAUCGCUAAGGAAUUAAUAAAUAAAUGGAAAUUAAUAAGGGAUAAAACGCUAAAUAGUAAAAAUGGAGAACAAGUAGAUAAAAGUAUGAACAAAAAUGUAAUAACCCAAAUCGAAAACAAAAUUGAAAAAAUUGAAAAUAAUUUAGAGAAACAUAGUAAAAAUGGAACAAACGGCAUUUAUAUGGAAAGAAAAAGUAAGAAUGAGGUUAUUCUUAAAAAUAUUGUUAAUGAUAAUAAUACAAGUAAUAAUAAUAACAAAACUAAUAAUACAAACAUACUCAAAAAUAUUGAAGAUGUUACAAAUAAUGUUCAAUUAUCAUCCAAUUAUUCAAAAAGCAUUAUGAGAAAUGAUAAAAAAUUAAUAGAUGAAAAUAAAGAAAAAUCUAAAAAUAAAAAUUCAACUAAAUCUACUGAAAGUAAAAAUAUUAUGUUAGAAAUAAUAGAUACCUUAAAUGAAGAAUAUGAGAAAAAAAAAAAAAGGCAUUUAGAAUAUAAAAAAGCUAAAAUUGAAGGCAAAAUAAAAAGAUUUAGUGCAUUAAAAAAUAAUUCAGAAAAUAGUAAAAAUGAUAAUUUAUUAGCUGAUAUAAAGAAUAUCUCUAAGCUAGAUUUUGAUAAUACGUUAAACAAAAAGAUAAAAAUAAAUGAUAUAGCUGGUAUAAAUAAUAAUUUUAAUGAUAUAAAAAGUAAUAUACAAAAUUACAAUUGUAAUAUUAAUGUCAUGAAUAGAACUUCAAACAAUUUUGCACCUUUUGAUAAAUAUAAAAUAAAGGAAAAUUAUACUAUUGAUAAUAAUAUAAAAAAUAAAAGUCCAAAUGAACUUGCAAAUGAAUCCUAUAAAAAUAUUUUGCUUCAUCAUAAUUUAAAUAGAAAUAUACAAUCACAAGGAAAUAUAAGAGAUAAAGAAAAUUUAAUAGAUUCUCAUGUAUAUUUAAAUAAAUAUAACACAUACGAUGUAGAUCCUAUGAAUAGUAAUUAUUUUAGUAAUUCAAUUAGUCAUAAUAUAAAUAACAUAAAAAAUAAAAAUGAUAAUGAUAAUAAUUAUAAAGCAAAUGAAAUAAAUAAUAAUCCUUCUAAUAUUAAGAAUGUAAAUAACAUUGAUUAUUUAAAUAAGCAUAUUUUAUCCAAUUCUAUAUAUUAUAAUAUUCAUGAUAAGAUUAUAAAUUCGGGCAACUGCAAAAUAAAAUCAGAUAUUAUAACACCUAACAAUAUUUUAAAAAAAACAUCAAAUGAAAAUUUCAACAGCUUUUCUGUAAAUAAAAAUGAAUAUACAACAAAAAAUAAUUCAGAUGAAAAUAAUUACAAUUUUACAAGAGAUAAAAUUCAUGAUCAAAUGAAGUUUAUUAACAAAAAAUCAGAUAAAUAUUCUUAUAAUAAAUCAUAUGAAAACGAUAAUUUACAAGAAACAAAUAAAUUAAAUGACAAAAAUUCCUUUAAAGAUCCAUUUGAAUACUAUUCUAAUAAUCAGAAUGAUAUAAAUGGAAUUAAUCAAAUAGAGAUAGAAAGUAUCACUAAAAAAAUCGGUGAUUGUAAUAAAAAUAACAUUUCUAUUAAUAAUAAUACUUAUAGUACGUAUAAUUCAAGUGAAUAUUCAAAUUAUAUACAAAACGAUGUAAGCUUAAGUAUGUAUAACAACCCUUUAAAUGCAUUAAAUUAUCAAAAUACGUUGCAAAAUAAAGAAAAUAGUUUAUUUUUUAAUAAUAACACAAUUUUAAAAGAAAACAGCAAAAACAAUAUCCAAAAUAUAUAUAAUAAUUCUCCAAAUGACAUAAUAAAUGCAAAUGAAAAAAAUAUAAAUUAUAAUAAUUUUUAUAGUAACAUGUAUUCUAAUAAUAGUUUAUCUAAUUCAUUGGAUAAAAAUACAAGAGAACAAGUAGAAAUUAAUGAUGUAACUCAUAUUAAUAGUCCACCUGACUUUAUAAAAAAAAAGGUUGACUCUAAUAUAAUAGAAACUGAAGAAAAGGGAACAUGUUUAAAUAAUAUUGAUAAAAAUUCUACUGACAAUAAUUUAUUUUAUAAUACCAAUGAAAACAAUCUUAGAAACUUGAAGGAAGUCAAAGGAAAUAAAAGUGAACAUGUUAUGAGUGUAUAUGGCAAUGAUUCCACCAGUUUAUAUAAUUCUAAUUUAAAUAAUCCUAGCUUAGAACUAAAUAAAUUAAUUGAUAAGAAUGUAUACGAUGUUAAUGAUAAUUCAAUUAAAGUGAAAAAUCAGGAAUUGCAUGAAGAUAAUAUUAAAACAGGUUAUUAUAACUUUGGAAAUAAUAUAAAUACUUCAGAUCAUUUUUUAAAUAAAGAAUGCUAUAGAUUAAAUUCUACAGAUUUUAAAAAUAUUAGUAGCAAUUUAAAAGAUAUUUCUGAAAGUAAUAGGGAAGAAAACGAAAAAAAUAAUAAAAAAAUAUAUUUGGAAAAUAAAGUUAACAAUUAUAGCCAAUUCAGUGAACAAAAAAUUGCUGAAUUUAAUAAUGUAAAUAUGAAAUCAAAUAAUAAUUUUUUAAAUACUAAAGAAAUGUUGGAUAAUUCUUUGAACGAAAUAUUUAAAAACUUUAAAAAUCUUGAAAAGAUAAAAGUAACUUAUGAAAUAGCCGUAACAGAUAAUUAUUACCCUUUGAAAAUUUAUGAUGAUAUUGAAGUAAUAAAAAAUGAUUUAAUUAUAAAUUUCAUUUAUAAUAAAUCAGAAACCGUGCAUAUUUAUUUAAAUAACAAUAUAUCAGACGUAGAAAAAAAUAACUCAGAAAGAAUGAAGAUAUGCAAUAAUUCACUUUUUGAAUUGAACAAUUCAUGUAGCAAUCUAAGAAAUACAGAAUCUGUUAAUGAAAAAUGUAAUAAAAAUGGCAUAAAUACUUUAAAUAAUAUAAGUAAUACAAAUAAUUUGAAUAAUCUAAGUGAUAUAAAUAAUUUAAAUAAUAAUUUUAAUAUUUUACCUUUACCUGAAUUAUUUAAUCCACCAAAUUUAGAUGAAUUGAAAUUACCAUUUAUUCCAAUUAUUUCUAACUUACCAUCUUCACCAAAUAUUAUCCCUCCAAUAUUAUUUCCUCCUUACAAUACAACAAACGAAUACAAAGAACAGGUUGUUAAUAACAUAAACGGUGUACCUAAUACUACUAAGAAUUCCACUUUUUGUUCAAAUAGUAAAUUAAAUGAAUCUUUUGAUGAAUUUAUUAAAAAAUUUGAUGAGGACAUUCAAAAAAUUUUAUUAAAAAAUACAGAUUUAGCUAAUUUAUUAAUGAAUAAACCAAAUGUUGUAGAAAAAAUGUUAAAAGGUCCACAAUAUAUUAACGAAGCUUUAUCAUCACUUGAAGAAGAAUUAAAAAAUUGGAAUAAAUCAAAUUUAAAUUCUUAA